AUUCGAUGCUCAAUAAAGACUGAAAGGAAGCCUACGUAAUCCACACAAAACACGUUUAAAAUGGCCGAAGAUGACGAUAGAUUUGACGGUAUGCUGAUGGCGAUGGCCCAGCAACAAGAGCAAGGGAUUCAUCAGCUCAUCAAUAAUUUCUUUGGAUUUCUGAGGAGAAAAACAGACUUCUUCGCAGGUGCACAGAAAGGAGAAGCAGAGAAGGUUGUGAUAGGAAGCUUCAAGGCUCAUCAGAAGCUUGCCCUGGAUGCUAAGAAGAAGAAGGAAGACGAAGCAGCGACAGCUGAGAAGGCUAAAGCAGAGCGUAAAGCCAAGGAGGCUGCAGCAAGACUAGCUGCUGAGACAAAGAAGAAGAAAGAAGAAGAAGUCGAUCCACCCAAAAUACAGGAGCUCACAGAUGAAGAGGCAGACAGGUUACAAGCUGAGAUAGAUAAGGAGAAAGCAAAGCCCAGUGAAGGAACUGAAGCCAAAGGGGAUACUGGAACUACAGAAUCAAAAAAGGAAACUAAAGAAGACGAUGAAGAUGAGGAGGAGAGUGAAGAAGACAAGAAGAAGAUGAAACCAAACUUAGGCAAUGGAGCUGACAUGCCUAACUAUGUAUGGACACAGACACUAGGAGAAGUAGAGGUACACAUUCCAAUGCCAAUGGCAGUUAAAAACCGCGACCUUGUCGUAUCCAUCACUAAACGACGUCUGAAGGUCGGGUUAAAAGGUCAUGAACCUUUGCUGGAUGGAGAGUCGUGCAAUGAAUUGAAGGAAGAGGAGAGUCACUGGGUCAUACAGGACAAGAAGAUUGUUAUUCUCUACAUAGAGAAGAUCAACAAGAUGGAAUGGUGGGAUAGGUUAGUCAAGUCAGAUCCUCAGAUCAACACCAAGAAAGUCAAUCCAGAGAACUCUAAGCUGUCAGACUUGGAAGGAGAGACUCGUGGCAUGGUAGAGAAGAUGAUGUACGAUCAAAGACAGAAAGCUAUGGGAUUACCAUCAUCAGAAGAUCAGAAGAAACAAGACAUACUCGACAAAUUUAUGAAGCAGCACCCUGAAAUGGACUUCUCUAAUGCCAAAUUCAACUGAUGGUGAUUUUCAAGCUCAUCCACGUCACAAACAUAUACAACAUUCAACAUUUUAAGAGUGAAUCAAAGGUUGAUUAAACAUGCAGCUUGUUACUAAAAGAAUAUAUCCAUGUUGGACUUUUGUACAUCUUAUUUCACUAAAUGAGGACUUUGAUAUCACUCAGAAGAUUCAUGUAUGCAACAGUUAAAGAAUUCAUCAAGUAUCGUAAACCAAAUGUGUGAAUGUUUCAGGAAUAAGGAGUAGGGUUAAUGCUACUUUAAUAUUCCAGAAGUAUUCAAAAUGGCCACCGCAAGAGGUCCAUUAUUUUUACUCCUUCAAAGUAUCCAAUUUUCUGCAGUGUGCAGAAAGAAGUGUCUCACAAACUGAACAAGUAUGGCCCAUUUAAAAGAAUUUGAUUUAUAUUGCUAAAAGUUACAUUUACUACCUCCCUCUUUAAUAUUAUAUGCAUAUUCGGACUGCUUUUAUGAAGUCGACAUGAAACAUUAAAGGAAGCACUUUCAUAAUUUGCAAGCAUGCAUACAAACAAA